GGUAGAAACUUUCAAGUUACAUUAAAUAAUUGAUUUUCUUUUUUAUAAGCUCUGGAGAGUGAAUGUGUCAGUUGGGGUUGAUCUGAUUAUUUUACCCUCUAAAAUUCACCUGUAAGUCUGUAACAAAGCUUCUCAAUCGCAAGUAGAAGCUUUUAAGGAUCCAAAACUCAACUGGGGUCUUCAGUCUUUACCCGUUUUCUGCACCAAAACAAACGACACUUUUUUCGGGAAUCAGAUUUCCUUGUCAAAUCCCAAUCAAACUCAUGGCGGACCCUCAUGCACCAAAAAAAGACUCACCGCCAACCCCAACUGACCAAACCCCUCUUCUCAAUUCAUCUCAAAACCACCGAGAAGAACAAAGUGGAGGGUCAAGGAGAGAAGAAAACGACGAUUUGAGUCAGACCCUUGAGAGGUUAGACAAGUUUCUUACUUUUCUUGGGUUCAACCAGUCUUGUUUGUUGAGCCUUGUCUUGUCUUGGGCUGCUUUUUUGCUCAUCGGGGUCUUGCUUCCGGUUCUUGUUCUCGAGUUCUCCGGAUGUCCCGGGACUGAGAAGUACCAGAUUAAGGAAUUCGAGCUCGACAUCGUCGCCUCGCAGGCGUGUCUCGCCGCCGUCUCUCUGCUAUGCGUCUCCCACAACCUCCGCAAGUAUGGCAUAAGGAGAUUCCUCUUUGUUGACCGCCAUACCGGCUAUAUGUUGCGCUUGAAAGACGAUUACAUCAACCAGAUAUCGGGUUCUUUUCGCUUGCUUGUUUUGUGGGCACUUCCAUGCUUCCUUUUAAAGACCGUGCGCGAGAUUGUACGUAUGUUAUACGUAGAACAGAAAUCAGGGUGGCAUUCUGUCGCCAUCUUAAUGGCAUUGGUGAUAUCGUGGGCUUAUGUGAGUACAAUUUCUCUAACAGCCAGCAUUAUGUUUCAUUUGGUCUGCAAUUUGCAAGUUAUCCACUUUGAUGAUUAUGGGAAGCUCUUGGAAAGAGAAUCUGAUGUUUUGGUCUUUAUAGAGGAGCACAUCCGACUGCGCUACCAUCUCUCUAAGAUAAGCCACCGGUUCCGAAUCUUUCUAGUCCUACAGUUCUUAGUUGUCACAGCAAGCCAAUUUGUGACUCUAUUCCAGACCACAGGAUAUAGUGGAUUUAUUACUCUUGUUAAUGGUGGUGAUUUUGCUGCCUCCUCCAUUGUUCAGGUUGUUGGGAUUAUUCUCUGCCUUCACGCAGCAACGAGAAUUUCGCAUAGAGCACAAGGCAUAGCAUCACUUGCAAGUCGGUGGCACGCAUUAGUAACAUGUGGUACUACUGAUCAUCCCAGCCACAGAGGUUCAAAUAAUAAUAUGCAGACUUUAGAGGCUGCCCAAGCAUUAAAUUCACUAGUUUUGAAUUACUCGGAGAGUGAUUUGGAGUCGAUGGAUUAUGUUGCGAUCCCUACGCAUACUCAACUGGCUUCUUACAUGUCAUCUUACCACAGAAGGCAAGCGUUUGUGUUGUAUUUGCAAACCAAUCCAGGGGGUAUAACGAUAUUCGGGUGGACCGUUGAUCGUGCUCUUAUCAACACCAUCUUCUUCAUUGAACUCACACUGGUUACCUUUUUGCUUGGGAAGACCGUAGUUUUUACAUCAAAAUAAACAUGUUCUACAACGCCAUGGUUGCUCAACAAUCAAAGUUAGAAAAUUGUCCAGACUUUACAGGCCUACGUUUGAUUUCAGCCCCAAAUAGUUCUCAAUCACCAUGUUUGGUUCGGUACCGACACUAUUAUACCAAAAGCCUCUUGAAAGUUGUUGCCGGUGGUUCGGAAUGCCCGUACGUUUCUCCUCUUAAUUCAUGCUCCAUACCAACUUGAUCGGAUUUCAUCAA